AUGAAGCAAAAAGAGAAACAUAGAGGAGAAUUAAAGUUGGUUAGAAUUCCAACUAUUUCUGCAUCAACUCAUCCUCAUAAGUCUUCAACAAUUAAUGGCUAUUCUGUCGGUCAAAAUGCUUUUUAUAGUUCGUUAAAGAAAUCAAGAACAUCAAAUAUCGGUAAUAAUUAGUUAAGAACAUUAAUGAGAAAUCCAGGAUAGCUCAUGAGUGCAAUGAAAUGUACUCUUUCUACAGUUGAUACGAAAACCCUAUAGAGAUCUAUUCAACCUAGAUAUACGAAUAAGGAAGGGGCGAUAAUGUAAUCACAUCACGCUUUAGAUUCUGAUAGUUAUGCUUUGCAGAGGUGCGCAACAGGUAGUCUAAAAUAAUCAUUGUCAAGCUUAUCCUCAAUAAAUAGCUAGAAAAAUACAAGUUCUAACUUUUAGAAUGUUCACAAGAAUGAAUUGAAGGAGGAAAUGAAAUAAAAAAGCAGUGCAGCCAUCUCUAGACCUUAAUCAGCAGCUAUAAGCUAACAGCUUAAGAAAAAAGCAUCAAAACUAGAUAGUUUAAUUAAUGAUUAAUCUUCAGUUGGAAAUUGGAACUCAGCCAAACUUAUUUUCAGCUUCCUUAAUGAGAAUUUAUUUGCUGAAGAUCUUGAAAGAGAUAUUACAUAAAUGAUCAAAGAUAAAAAUCUUUAGAAAUAAGUGCUAUUGACUAUUUUGGCAUUGUUUAUUUUGAAAGAAAUAUUUGAUGAUAAAGAAGAUGAAUGGGUAAUGAUUGCAAAGAAAGCUAAAACUUAUUUAAGAGAGUAAGGUAUUGAAAAAGUAGACUAGUUCUAUAAAAAAUAUAAUGUUUCCAUUAAGGAGUGA